AUGAACCGCGAACUGGUAUCGGAACCUAUCCCCCUCAUUCCAUCCUACCAGUUCUGCCUGAUCUGUAUAUCACCCACCCACGGAGACACCACUGACGGCGGUCGUCUGAUCGAGAGCACAGCAAGAAUGCGAAUUGCGCUUAUGAGCUGGGCAAUCGACGUCGUGCGGCCUAUUGUCCCACGGGUAACGAACACGUCGUACAAGUCCCAUUGUCGACGCUGGUCCGUUUACGGUUUGUUCGCCUUCGGCGCCGUCGUGGGUCUCUCGUUUGCCUGUCACCCAUACGUGCAAACCCUGGGGUACAUGGCCGCUAGCCAGCUGGUGUCAACUUCCGUGGAGAGGAAAGCCAUGCUGUGA